AUGGCUGAGACAGCAGCAAAAGAUAUUAAAAUUGAUCCAACUGUCCAAGUUGAUUUAUCAACAAUCCCUAUUUCCCCAGACGGCGGAAACGGCGAUGAAAGCAAGAAUAAGGAUGGAGAAAAUGUAAAAUCUCUAGACGAACAAAUUACAGUAUUUCACGACCCGGAUAAUUUCAAUGUAAAACAUCCUUUGAUGCACAAAUGGACUUUAUGGUUUACAAAGCCGUCUAUAGGGAAAGCCGAAAAUUGGAAUGAUUUACUCAAGCAAGUCAUUACAUUUGGCUCUGUAGAAGAAUUCUGGGGCAUAUAUAAUAAUAUAGCACCCGUUUCUGAGCUUGCACUUAAGUCUGAUUACCAUCUUUUCAAAGAUGGAGUCCGGCCUGAGUGGGAAGAUCCCCAAAAUAAACAUGGCGGAAAAUGGUCGUAUCAGUUCAAAGAAAAGCGUUCAAUCCCUAUCGAUAAUCUUUGGCUUCACGUCAUGCUAUCAGCAAUCGGUGAAACUCUAGAAGGUGAAAAUGACGGUGAAGUUAUGGGAGUAGUGGUGAACGUCAGAAAGGGCUUCUAUCGUAUAGGAGUAUGGACCCGGACGGUUGGCAAAAGCAUUGCUGGUGGAGGCGAUGGUGACGUUGCUGGUGGGAAGGGACGCUCAGCUGAAAAGGGCAGAGAAGUUUUAAUGAGAAUCGGCCAAACGUUUAAGGCGAUUCUGAACUUACCGCCUUCCGAAACUGUUGACUUUUCUGGUCAUACUGAGAGUGCGCAAAGUGGAAGUACACGAGCUAAAGCUAGGAUAUCGGUGUAA